AUGGUGAAGCAGGACACAGAUUUAGGAUGUCAGGAUGCACGGGCCGUGCUUCAUUUGCUGAAACCUUCGUUUGAGCGUUUUGGGCGGCGAGGGAUUUUUAUGGAUGUAGGAACCAACAAUGGAGGCGUGUCAGCCGCGAUCAUGAAGACCUUUGAGCCCUGGAGCGUUGGAAUUCCAUCAUCAAAAGUGCCUAUGGUAUGUGGGGAUUCCAUAGGACGAGGUCAUCAAGCAGUCAAAGUCAUUGCAUAUGAACCAGAAGCAAAUUGGUUUCGAGUCUUGCAGAAGCAAAUUGAAAGAAUUCACAGCAGAAGGGAGUCACCAGCGUCAAAGGUUGUUGCCAUGCAGGUGGCAGUCUCCGAUGUCCCUGGGUACCAGACAUUGUAUUCCAACGGAAAUGCAGACUCUGCAGGCUCCCUGUACAAUGCCGUGGGGGCCCAGCAGAAUUCCUGGGUCCAAGUCAUUUCGUUGGGCUCACAGUUUCUUGCAUUGAAUUUGCCCGUGCAUUUCUUGAACAUUGACGCUGAGGGUUCUGAUCUAGCAGUUCUCAGGGGAGCACGUCAACUUUUGCAGUUGGGACGGAUUCGCUUCAUUGUCUUUGAAUAUGGUGAAAGCUGGAGAAGGGUGGAACCCAAAAUCUCUUUCCGUGUGGCAGUAGAGUACCUCUUCUCCUUCGGCUAUUUGUGCUUUCUUAUCACACGGUUUGCUCUGAUACCGCUGAACGGUCCUUUGUGGGACGCGUUUUACGAAAGCCUCGAGUGGGCAAACACUUUUUGUUCUCAGUCAGAAAACAUCUUUGAUGUUUAUGUGGCUUAUGGCACAAACAAUCAAACCCGCCAUUGUGCGAAGCUAUUCCUAUGA